CUGAAUCGUGGCAGAAUUUCCGAGGCUGAUGUGAUUCGGUAAAUGAAGGUUGAGAGACGACUAGGUGGGGAGUAGCCUACCAAGCGCAUAAUCUGGCAGGAUUUGGAAUGGUGUGUGUAUUUUCAUGUUCGCUUUCAUUUCAUUUGGUUACAAAUUCCAUUUCUCUCUUCCAUUUGGCUUCAUUUUUUAUUUUAAGGUUUUUUUGGAGGUUGUAGGCUCAUGCGCAUGCGUCCAUUUCUAAUAAUGCGCAAAUGUCUAUUAUGGCUAAAUACGCUAUAUUGAUCCAGGAGUUAUGAAUAUCUAUUUUGCCGUUUUUGCCUUCAUGGCACCUGUUGUUAUUGUUAUGAUAACGGCAGGCCUAUCAUGUCUAAUUCAUCGAAGGAGGCACAAUCGGAUUGAACGCUCACUUCUUCAAUGAUGGACGCUCUGGUUCGUAUUAGUUCUAACAUGAAGAGCAUGGAGCGCGAGCUGCAUUGCCCGGUGUGUAAGGAGAUCGUCAAGCAGCCCGUGGUCCUGCCGUGUCAGCACAGCGUCUGUCUGAUGUGUGCCUCCGAGGUUCUGGUUCAAAAUGGCUACCCUCCUCCGGAGUUGCCGCCCGAGCCCAACUCUCCUGCCUCCACCCCCAACACCCGCUCUCCCCACCAGGCACGCAGGCCCAUGCCCAGCAAGGCCGACCAUCGACCCAUUGACCGCGUGCUACGUUCAGGAUUUGGGACCUAUCUGUCGCCGGGGCGACGGCGUAAGGAACCACCCCAUGCAAUGUUAUUUCCAUGCCCGCCCUGUGGGAGGGAGGUAGAGCUGGGAGAGAAGGGUCUGACUGACUGCCUGCGUAACCUCACCUUGGAGCGCAUUGUAGAGAGGUACAGACACACAGUGAGCCUAGGCAGUGUGGCUGUGAUGUGUCAGUUCUGCAAGCCUCCCCAGUCCCUGGAGGCCACUAAGGGCUGCGCCGACUGCCGAGCCAGCUUCUGUAACGAGUGUUUCAAGCUCUACCACCCCUGGGGGACACCGCGCGCCCAGCACGAACACGUCCAGCCCACCCUCAACUUCAGGCCCAAGGUUCUGUCGUGUCCUGAGCAUGACCAGGAGCGUCUGCACUUCUACUGUAGGACGUGCCAGCGGUUGCUGUGCCCGCUCUGCAAGCUGCGCCGCGUACAUGCCGGGCACAAAGUGGCGCCAGUCGCCCAGGCCUACCAGACUCUCAAGGACAAGAUUACCAAGGAGAUGAACUACGUUCUGGCCAACCAAGAGACGGUGCUGGGCCAGAUCACACAGCUGGAGAGUGCCAUCACUCAGACAGAGGCCAACAGUGUAGCGGCACGGGAGCAGCUGUCUCAGAGCGUGAAGGACCUGACUGCCCUCCUCGCUGAGCGCCACGCCUCAUUGACCGAGGCCCUGGAGAGGGCGAGGCAGAAGCGGGGCGAGGCGUUGGCGGGCCAGGUGGCGGAGAGGCGGAGCCUGCUGGAGCAUGCAGGCCUCAUGGCGUUGUCCCAGGAGCUGCUGAAGGAGACAGACCCGCCCUGCUUCGUCCAGGCAGCACGCCAGACACACAGCAGGUUAUCCACGUCCAUCGAGGGGCUGCAGUGUUUCUCUCUGGCCGCUGAUCCCUCCUUCAGACACUUCCAGCUGGACGUCUCCAAAGAGCUCAAACUCCUCACAGACCUGCAGUUCAUCCAGGCCCCUCUGGCCCCUGUCAUUGACACCCAAAAGACCCUGGCCUAUGACCAGCUUUUUCUGUGUUGGCGGCUGCCUCAGGAAUCCGCUCCCGCCUGGCACUUCUCUGUGGAGUUCCGUCGCCGUGGGGUGGUGCCAGGAGGUGGGGCCAGAGGUGGUAUCCAAGGACGAUUGGCUGCGGCCCGCUGGGGCUGGCAGCGGCUGGAGGAAGUGGGCGGGACCAGUGCUGUGAUUGACAGGUUGGAGAUGGACAGUGUGUAUGUGUUGAGGGUGAGAGGCUGCAACAAGGCCGGCUUCGGGGAGUACAGUGAGGAGGUGUACCUACACACCCCGCCAGCACCAGUGUUAAAUUUUUACCUGGACUCUCGCUGGGGUCUCCAUGCCGACCGGCUGGUGGUGAGUAAGGAGCAGCGCUGCGCCCGGAGCGUCCCCGGUCUGUCCCUGCUGCAGGCCGCCGACCUAGCGCUCACUUCCUGUCACCUGACUGCAGACCUGCUGGUGGGCGACGUGGCCAUCACCCAGGGCAGGCACUACUGGGCAUGCUCAGUGGAGCCCGGCUCCUAUCUGGUCAAGGUGGGGGUGGGCCUAGAGGCCAAACUACAGGAGUGGUUUCAUCUUCCCCAAGACAUGGCCAGUCCCCGCUAUGACCCAGACAGUGGUCAUGACAGUGGGGCGGAGGAUUCUCUGGACUCCCCUCCCCCCUUCUCCUUCCUCACCAUGGGGAUGGGUAAGAUCUUCCUGCCCCACGGUCCCAACCAUCAUAACAACCAUGGUUGCCCCGCCAAUGGCACCAGCCCUCGCCGCAGCCCCACCAUCUCCAACGGGAACAUCCCCGCCUCCUCGCCUACGGGCCUCACCUACCCCCUGCCUCCCAGGCUCGGGGUGUGCCUUGACUUCGAGAAGGGUCGCGUCACUUUCUACGAUGCCCACUCGCUCCGUCCACUGUGGGAAGGGCCUGUCGAUUGCUCCGGCCCCGUUUGCCCGGCUUUCUGUUUUAUUGGCGGAGGGGCGCUGCAGUUACAGGAGCUUGUGGCCAAUCGGAUGGCAGACCAGACUCCGGUCAGGAGGGUCACCAUCCAACCACGUGUCACUAAUCUGAAUAACUAGGCCAGAUUCAAUCCGAAACCACGGUGUAGCGCGCUUGACAUUUAAAGGUAAUUUCCAAUUGUGACAACAUCUGCAGCGUUUACCUUGAAUGUGAUCUCUGCAAAUGCAGUUACAUUGCCUUUAAAACGCGCAUCAAUCAUCUGAGGUGAUUGAUUGGACAUAGAAUGUAAAGUUAAUUGUAAGCUAUUUACUUGGCCGGAGCAAAAAGUUAGUAACCUCAGAGAUUGUUGUUUUGUAUUUCAUUUGUAUGAGAAAAAUAGUUUUUAUUGCAACCAAUAUGCAAAUGUCUAACUUUACUGCAUUAUUUUGGGGGUUUGCACAUUUUAUUUAGUCAGAAAUACUAAAUUGCUUAAGUAGGAGCUGUCAAAUUACACACACAGCAAUUAUGUAAAGUCUCAUUAUAUCUCUGACACUUGCACUAUUAACCACACUAUACUGUAUAUAUUUACAGUAUAUAUGUUUAUAUAUAUGCAAGAACAAAUAUAGUUUAGAAACACUCUUUCUCAGUCAUGUUAUGUCUGGGUGUUCAUCUAGGUCAGGGGUAUUCAAAUCUUACCCUACAAGGUCCGGGCUACUGCUGGUUUCCGUUCGACCUGAUAAUUAAUUGCACCUACCCGGUGUCCCUGGUGGAACUGGCUUUGAGGUCCAGAUUUGAAUUUGACGGAUCUAUGUUUUUUGAUACUUCAUGUAACAGGUUCCCCUUCACUGUGUACUAACACUUUUUACACGUCUACGUCUGUGUAUCUCCAAUGGUAAAAAGUCCUGACUGUUAGUGAAAUCUUCCCACUCACUCCAUCACAACCCCAACCAAAGUGAUUUCUCGGGACUAAAUACUGUUGUAAUUGAGUAGACAGUAGAUUUAGUUAGGUGGAUACCAUGAACAUGAGGCAAUACUGUAAUUAGGAACUGAAUGAUACUGCUUCGGCUUCAGCCACCUUUAUCACUUGCUUCUUGAUUAGUACGUUUGUGCAUUGAUUGUUUUUUCCAAUGUUUAACUUCUGCAGUGUGUGCGUGAAUGUGUGUGUGUAGGAGAAGGAGCGCGAGAAUGCAGUAAUUCACUUGUCUGAUAAUUAUAUUGAUCACCAUUGGCUAAUGAUCAUUUUGGCUUUUAGGGAAUAUUUUGGAUUAUUUCAAAGUGGGCUUGAUUGUAAAUAAUGAGCAGUGCUUCUUAUGAAUGACAAGCUUUCUAGAAAUGUAGGUUGUCUCUGAAAUGGCACCCUAUUCCCUAUAUCGUGCACUACUUUCGACCAACUCGAUUCUUGGUCAAAAGUGGGACGCAGACGAAAUGUAGACUUCUCCUGCUGGCAGAAUGUUUGUAAAAAUAAAAAUAAAAACAUAGACCAACAAUUAACUCUAAAUAAAUACAAAUUCUGAAAAUAAGAAAAAUCUGUCCUCCUUAUUGUUAUGGGUGGUAGUAGUAGUAGUAGUCAAACCAGCUUCAGUUCAUUGUCCUUUGCAUUGUCCUUUGCAAAAUGUGUCACAUUUUCUGAGUACUUUCAUGUCAAAACAGAC